AUGAAGAUCAUCAAUCCCGCACGGGACGCACAGCGCGGGCCCAAGCCCAAUACGUUUCCUCGUUUCGUAGAAUUCCCGGCCGAGCUCCGCUAUCAGAUCUGGGAAAUGUCCUUACCAGACAUCCCCUGUCCGCGGGAAGGUGAUUCAACUCUGUUCCCCGCGGAGACCCGACAUUGGAAGCGCGAAUCGUCUACAGACCGUCCGUGUCCAGCCAAGGCUCUGCUGGUUGAGAUUCCGGUCGCCUUGCUCCUCGUUAAUAAGGAGGCUCGCAAGAUUGCGCUCCCGUGGAUCAGACGGCAGAAGCAUCGCUGGGAGUUCGAUUCCCACGUGUUGGCGUCGCCGCUCAACUCUCGAGACUUGUACUGGGCUAUCUGGUUUGACUACGCACGCAAGAUCUUUACCUUCAGUCGGAAGUUGGAGAUGAUCAAGGGAUGGCAGGACGCAGUGUACCUGUCGCCGGACGACUAUGUGCUCCUCCGGACACAAAUGCGGGCGGGCAGCCUCCCAAGACUCGAUUGGAACUUCUGCACGGUGGCAGUGUCUUUGGAGCUCUUGGAGACCCAUGUAGAUGCUCUGGCGGUGCUGGCCAACGGCUUGGAGCGGAUCUGUUCCGUGCUCGUGGUCGUCAGUGGGUUGCCGCGCAAUACGCUCCAAAUUCGCACAACAAAGGACUGUUGCACUGUGGAAUUUGAACCAUUGGACCGUUCCAAGUGGCUGGAGUGUACUUGGAACUCCAGCGUGAUCAAGUCCAGCGUGAUCAAGCCCAGACGUCGUUUCAGGCGCAAGCGUCGUUCCCAGUUGCGACAGUGUUGCGAUUGGAAAGGCGGCCAGACCAUGUUUGCACAGGAGGUCUAUGAUCUGAUCCAGGAAGCGGCUCAGCAUCUUCCCGCUCGUUCUUACCGGUAUCAAACCAUAGGCAUCAUACCCGUAGAGGUGACGAAUAGCGGGUUUGGGUAG